AUGGGACCAGAUGCGGUGGCUGCAAGGGUGGCUGCAAGGGCGCUUUUUGACGGGCUUGGAAACGAAGUCAGCGCUAGGCCCGUCGACUUCCAACACCACCCGCAGAGUCCACAAAAAUCCGCGUGUCCCCCUUUCUUGCGGGCCCUGCAGGGCGAGGAACCAUCCGAGGUUAGACUUAAGUGCAACCGGCAGCAACCAUGCCAUAACUGCAUUUCAAGGGGUCAUGAUGACCUGUGCGUAUUCGCCAAUGGCAAAACCCCAAGGUCCAAUGCCAUGCAGACUCAGGGGAUGGAGUGUCGCCUGCAUCGCUUGGAAGAGCUUGUGGCCUCCUUUACCGCUGAACCUGGGCUGGCUUCACAGCUGCCGAAUGGCACCAAGCCUAUCGACGUGAUUAAGACGUCUUUGGACGAUGAUUCGAGCCAGGAGGAUUCCAUUCCGGAGCUUGGAACCAUGGAGGAAAAAACACCCUAUAGAGGGAGCACCAAUUGGCAAGACGUUCUCCAAGAAUACGAGGAACACUGGAGGAAUCCCGAUAGAACAGAUGUGGCUUGGCUCGGACUUUUGUUUUCUAUGUUGUGGAUGACAGUCCAGUCCGAAAUUGAAAGCCCAAAAGAUGCAGCUCAGUAUAUGGGCGUUGGAGAAUCCCUUGCUGAUCUUUUUCGAACACGGACAGCACAGUGUCUUAUGCAUGCGAAUAUCACACGGAGCGAGCCGCAUGUCAUAGAGACAAUGUGUUUCCAAGCCCUUGCCGAAUAUAUGCGCCGAAAAGAUAUUGAGUCUGGCAUUUGGAUGGCACUUGGUCAGAUCGUGCGUGCGGCAAUGCGCAUGGGCUUCCAUCGUGAUCCGUCUCACUACCCGAAGGCAUUCUCCCCUUUCCAAGGCGAGAUGCGGCGACGCAUCUGGGCUUUCAUCUGUCAGGCUGAUCACGUUUGCUCGUUCCAUAUAGGGUUACCAAGCAUGAUUUCAUCGGCAAUCUCUGACACAGCGAUGCCAUCGAAUUUACAUGAUUGGGAGCUGACUGAGGGAAUGGCUAAACUUCCUCCUUCAAGACCAAUGUCGGAGGUUACUGGUAUCACUUACAUGGUGACGAAAUCGCAAAUUCUCCAAACAGUUGGGAGAAUCGGGGAGCUCUUGUACAACACGAAGCAAAUGUCAUAUGACCGCGUUCUUCAGCUUGACCAGGAAUUGUUCCAAGUCGUCAAGGACAUACCGGAACCGUUUAGAAUGACAAGUUGGAAGGCUGCUGAAACCGAAUCUCUCUUCACGACUAUGCAGAGGGUUCAUGUUGGCAUUCUAUACAGUGAGGGAAUGUGCGCGCUUCACCGAAAAUAUAUCAGCACAGCGCGAAAGGAUCAGAAGUUUGCAUUGUCUCGCCAGAGAUGUCUUCAAUCAGCAAUUGCCCUCAUUGACCUUCAAACGGGUCUUCAGAGCCUUUUAAGACCUGGCCACCAUCUAGAACAGAGCCGAUGGUGCCUCGCGCCGGUAGCUAACUCUUCCUUCCGACUUGCAAUCAUGAUUGUUUGUCUGGAUCUGCAACAGGACGGAGAUGCGCAAUCCGAGUCUAUCGAAGCCGACGACGUUUUGAUUGGUAUUAAUCGAGCGGACCGGAUGAAAAAGGUUGAGGGUGCUUGGGAUACCUGGAUGAAUCUCGGUGAUACCACGGCAGAAGGCCAAAAAUUCCAUCGAGUAUUUGCAGCCGUACUCCAAAAGCUCCGUUCCGAACGAAAUGGCGGUCCAGAUGGUGGUUUGCCUCCACCGAAGACACCUGGUACAUUGGCCUACACCCCUCCGCAAGAUUUUUCCCCUGGUAUGGGAAGUGGAGGAGCGGGUAGUUCCAUUCCAAGUUCCGUUGCAUACGCACCUGGGUUCGACGAUCAUUCUUCGUCGACCGCAUAUACCGAGCCCACACCUCCGCUUGUGGGCGCUCCAGAGUUUUACACGGAAGUCCCGGAUCUUUUAGACACGAAUAACUGGGACACUCUGUUCCAAGAGUAUGGCUUUGAGAAUCCAAAUCUACUAUACAAUCUUGAUUGCGAUCCAUUUACAACUCAUGCAUUUUGA